AUGACCAUAACUGCCGACAUCAAUCUCCUCACCGCGACGGCCUCGGAGCUGCAGACCAGGCUUACUAGCAAUUCCGUCACCAGCCAGCAGCUUCCAAGACGGCGAGCGACCCUGACGGCGAGCGACCUUGACGGCGAGCGCGCCAAAGGCAGCAUUCGCGGCCCGCUUCACGGCAUCCCCAUCAUCGUCAAGGAAAACAUCGCCACCGUUCCUGCCCUGGGCCUGCCGACGACCUGCGGAAGUCUUGCGCUCGUCGGCUCCAAGCCAAGACAAAAUGCUGCAAUUAUUGAGCGCCUUAUUGCCGCCGGUGUCAUCAUUCUGGGCAAGGCAAACCUAUCGAAACCCGGCGGCUCCUCCUCUGGUUCCGCUGUCGCCGUCGCGGCCGGAUUCUCGCCCAUUUCCAUCGGCACCGAAACGAUGGGUUCGCUCAUUAUGCCCAGCGACAGGUCUGCCCUGUACACGAUCAAGCCCACCCUCAAGAUUGUUCCGCAGGAGGGCAUCAUCCCCGUCACGCCCGAGGCAGAUUCGGCAGGCCCAAUGACCAAAUCGGUCCUCGACCUCGCAAAUCUUCUCGACGCUAUUGCAGACCCAAGGAAGACAACGAUCACUGAGGGUGGAUACAAGAGCGCUGUCACUGGGAAGUGGGGUGACAUCCGGAUUGGCGUCUUGGAGCCCGAAAACUGGCUAUUCCCGACCAAGAUCGUCAAGUACGAGAAGCAGGCGUCGGAGCAAAUGUUCCGAGAGUGGAAAGCAGCAUACAAGAAACUUGCUUCGGUUGUUAAGGUCAUGAAGCCCGUCACACUUCUGUCGGUGGACGAAUCGACCGACCACGGCAAAAGCGAUAUCUGGGACGCGUUUCAAUACCUGGCGAGUAUCGACGACUCCAAGGUCAAGACACUUGAGGAGCUUGUCAAAUUCAACGAAGAUCACGCGGAACAGGAGCUCCCACCCAGCGCCGACAACCAAGCUGGCUUUAUUCGAGCUCUAAGUGCCAAGAUGCCAGAGGAAGAGUACUACAAACUCAUCAAUACCGCCCGCGACCGUUCCGGCAAGCAAGGGAUCGACAAAGUCCUCGAAGAGAACGAGGUCGAUAUCAUCAUGGGCCCUAGCGAUGGGCCCUUAUUCUGCAUAUCUGGGACAGCAGGAUACCCUGUCGCGUCGUUACCGCUUGGCUACCUCGAUUUCAACGGCAGGCCUUUCGGGCUGCAGAAGGCCCUCAUCCAGGCCCAGAGCGCCUGGGAAGCCACCUUUCCUGCGCGCCAGCCCCCGCCGCUGGACGAGAUUGUGCGUUGAUGCAUUGAGGGGAUCGACGACGAGCGGACAGUUUUUUAAUGGGAGUUUCGUGGUUUUCCUCUGGGGCACUUGGCAGAAAGUCCCUACAGCUAACUAUCCACCUCAAAAUGCUGCAGCACUGACAUUCACAUUGUUUCCCCGUGCACCUGUUUCCCCGUGCACCUGUUUCCCCGUGCACCUGUUUCCCCGUGCACCUGUUUCCCCGUGCACCUGUUUCCCCGUGCACCUGUUUCCCCGUGCACCUGUU